CACCUCUCAUCCAAGUGUCAGGCUGCCUCGACUUCGAGUCAACCUUCUGCAAUAUGGAUCUAGAUAACACAGCUGAGGAUGCGGUCAUGGCCGAUACCCCCAGUGGCCCACCUCAGCCUUCACUCGAGCCACAAGGCCAACAAGAACCUAUCAUUCCUGCUUCAUCUAUACCUGUCACUCCAACUCCUCCAAGAGAGUUUCGGGAUAUACAAGUCAAAGUGCACAUCCGCCGGCCGGAGAGAGACUCUUGGGUGUACUUGGGUCGUGGAAUUGCAUCUCAUGAGGUGAUAGGGCAGUCCUCGAGAGUUGUAGUCCGUUCUGCAGGGACAGGCAAAGUUCUGGUCGUUUUUGGGGAGUUCUCUGAUCUUCAAGCUGAGAAACGCGGCAACUUUGUGGUUGUCGGCUCCGUUGAAGGCUCCCGUGUUGUUUCGUGGUCGCUAAACGCCCUCAAUAACUCUGACACCCUUCGCUUAAUGGCUAGCAUUGAACUUGCGUGUUACAAAUGCAAGCUGUCGCUCGUCGAUCCACGAUCGCAUACAAGGAACCGUCGGCGAAUUGAACGUGUCAUCAAAGACGACCGAAGAAAGAGGCACCGAAGGCGUAAAGACCAAGACGCAAUGAUCGACGCCUUUUCGAAACAUAACCUCGCAGAUGAGUUGGAGGGCCCGCCCACAUAAUCUGAAUCCAUCGGAUUAUUCAGGUUCGAUUUCUCAGCAUCUCCGAAGGACACAUACAUAUUACUUCAAGAUUUUGGCUUGACACCAGAGCUAUCCCUAUACUCGGCAGCACCGUUCAAUUGUAUUGCAUAGCCCGUCGGUCCUUACACCUCAUUUGCGCAUUGGCCUUCUCAUCUCAUUAUGUAGACCAUCUUGUCUCAACUCUCGACGUGGCCAAGCAUGUAACCUCUCAGUGCUCUGGCUUCAUUAUGUAUACUUUAAUGACAAUGACACGGUGACCG